CCGUCCUCGGCCGCAGUCUCCGCGAACGUUCAACAGGCACGGCGGCGCACAGUCGUAUCGCGCGCGUCAUUACUGACCGACACGUGUGCGCGGCAAAACGUUUUAUUUUUAUAUUUUUCUCGUCGUGUUAUUAUUAUUGCUGGCCGUUUUUCUUUUCUUUUCCAUUUAUUACACCGACGACCGUUAUAAAAAUCGUCUCCGUCACGUCGUCACGCGCUUACGCGAGAUGGGCCGCCGGUUCGCGUGGCUGCCGACGCUGCUUCUGCUGCGGUUCUCGGCCUUUGCCGACGAUCGGUGUCCGAUGAACGUUUCCCAACCGGCGCCCGAAAACGCUUACCAGGUGAACGACGUGCUGUGGGCCGGACAACCGGAAAAACCGUACCCGCCGGCCGCGUACCGUUCGAUGCAGGGCGUCGGUUACGUUCUUUGCACGUGCGAAACGGGAUCGUGUAUCCGCAAGUGCUGCGCGCCGAACGCUGCGUACGUGAAUUCAAAAUGCACGCCACUGAACGUGUCGGACCAUGUUGUCGAGUUCAAGGUUCCAAAACUUGUGAAUGCAAACGGGACGGUCGACAUUUAUGAGACGGACCUGUUUCAUGUAGUCUAUGGAAAACUAACAUGUCGUAAAAAAUAUAAAUUGGCUCCAUCACCGGAGAAAAAUGACGAUUUCCGAAUAAAUAAAGAGGGAUUUUUACUGAAUGAAUCAGGAAAAAUUAUUGCUGCACCAGAUCGAUUUUGUUUGGAGCAAUUUUCCGAAUUAAAUUAUCAAAUUUUAGCAGUUGUUUGUUCUCCAGAACAAUUGGCAGUCCAACAAGAUGGCACAAAUGUAUUUUAUACGAUCGGCAUGAUGCUGUCACUGCCAUUUUUGCUUAUAACGUUCCUAGUUUAUGCGCUUAUCAGAGACUUACGGAAUUUGCAUGGAAAAUCAUUAAUGUGUCAUGUAGCAACGCUAUUGGUGGCCUACAGCAGUCUAGUAGUUGUUCAAUUCAUAACUGAUAGUGUUGUUAAAACAUGGUGUAUUUUUUUAGCGUAUAUCGUUCAAUUCUCGUUUUUGGCAAGUUUUUUCUGGCUUAAUGUUAUGUGUUUUGAUCUAUGGUGGACUUUCAGUGGAUUUAGACCAUUAAGGGGAAAUAUAAGAGAACACGAAGCGAAAAAGUUUAUUAUCUAUUCCAUUUAUGCGUGGGGAUGUACCUCAUUUAUUUCAAUAAUUACAUUUGGUAUGGAGAAUUUGUUAUUUUUACCUACUGAAAAAAUUCGUCCAGGAUUCGGAAUCAAGAGUUGUUGGUUUGGUACUGAUUUAGCCACGCUAUUAUAUUUUUAUGGUCCUAUUGGUACUCUAUUAUUUAGUAAUCUAUUGAUGUUUAUACACACGGCAAUAAUGAUUAUCAAACAUAUGAGAGAUGCUAAAGUACUUAGAGGGUCUGAAAGCCAAAAAAAUGUGGACCAUGAAAAACAAAGAAAUAUAUUGUGUUUCAGAUUCAUGUUGUAUUUGAAAUUAUUCAUCGUCAUGGGUGUUAAUUGGUUAGCAGAAAUUAUAUCAUGGGCAACAGGUUCAGAUGGUUCUGAGUAUGUGUGGUAUAUCACAGACAUUGGAAAUUCUCUGCAAGGAGUGUUGAUUUUUUUAAUCUUUGUAUGUAAAAAACGUGUAUUAAAUUUAUUAAACAAAAAACUUUGUCCACAAUUCCAAAUUUUCAAGACAUCUACUAGUGUAUCUACUCGAACCACUAAUAGCACUGUCUCAUCUAGAACUAGCUCCAAUGUAAAAAAUAAAGAUUCAGUUGAAAUGUCCUCUAAAAGCAUAAGCAAUUCAAUUAAUAAUCAAUUACAAGAUUUUAAAGUUUAAUGAUUGUGUAAUAAAAAUAAAUUUGUUUUAAUUAAAUUUCCUUAUAAGUUAUAGGUACUAAACUUAAAACUUUAUUGUCAUAUUAAUUUUUGCUUUUGACCACGAUUUGUAUUUUGAUUAGAAUUGAGUUUUUAUUUUAAAUUCUACUCUGUUAGUUCCAAAAAUAUAAUCUCAUAUUAGAUGUACACUAUUUUUAAAUAAUGUUUUGUUAGCUAGUAACAAGUAUAAUUUACAUGUAAUUUAAAUGUAUUUUUAAUAGUAUGUAUAUUAGGAGAUUAUUCAUAAUAAUUAUUAUUAAUCAACUUUUUAAAUUAAUAAUAAUUUUACUAGUCAUAUAUUAAUCAUGAGCACUACUAAAAUUAUAUUGGUAUUGUAUAAAUUAUUGCUUAUCGACAAUUGUGUAUAUUUACUUAUCAAUUUGUAUUAACUUUGCAUACCUACCUAUUAUAAUAAUUAAUUGAAUAAUUAUUUUUUCAUUGAAAUGUUCAACCUACCAUUGAUGUAGAAUAUUUAAAAAUGUUAUAAUAAAUGAUUAUCUUUUAUAAUUAAAACCAAUAAAUAGAUAAACUGUAUCUAUUUUGUGUAUCCAAUUUUUUUUUAAGAGGGAUCUCACAACAGCACUAUAUAACAGUAGUUUUCAACCUGUGUGUCACGGCUCCCAAGGGCGUCGUUGGUUAUUAUUAAAGGAGCCGUGUCCGUAGUAUAAACUAAUAAUACAAUUGUAAAAAAUAUGUUUUUUUAUUAUCAUUAUUCGUAUGGGAGCCGUAUAUUUGAUUCCAAAAUCAAAAAGAGCCGUGGACCCAAAAAGGUUGAAAACCACUGCUAUAUAACAUACAUUUACAUUAAUAAUCUGUAUCAUGUAUAUUGUACCUCUAAUAAUUUAGUUUAUAAAAAUUAUAUACAAAAAUUUAUUAUGAAACCAUUUGAAUUAUACAACUAUAUAUUGAAUAAUUAUUAUUAAUAUAGGUAUAUAAAAUUGAUUUUCAUUUCUGAUAAAUGAUGAAAUGAUUUUACAAUUAUGUUUUUUUUUUUUUUUUGGCUGUCAUCACUCGUCGCUUUUUGAGGUGGUGAGAUUACUUUGAUUUUCAAAUUUGUGGAUGAUUUCUAGUAGCAAACAUUGGAUUUAGUUGGUAUCUACUUAGCUGUAGUCAUUUAAUUCCAUAAUUUUUAGUUAUAUUAAGAAUAAUUAAAAAAAUAAAUAAAUAAUUUUUGCCUAUUAA